CAUCACGUCUCAGCUCUCCUACAAUGUUUGGAAAAAAGCGCGCGUCCCCCGGUGCUAACCAGGAGAUUAACCCACUUGAGGGCGUCGAACUUAAUGACGAGGACGCCAAAAAGCUCCAAGAUGUCCAAAAGCAGAUUGAACGAGUUGACAUAUUGAUUGAACGUUACAGUCAACAACAACUUCUGCCUGUGUAUGAACGGAGGCGCCCCGUAGUCAAGGCAAUUCCUAAAUUCUGGCCUGUCGCGUUGAUGAACAACCCGUUGAUCUCUUUUCAAGCUCAACACAAUAUCGACCGUAUUGCUUUGAGUUAUCUAGAGGACCUGUGGGUGACUCGUGAUCCUAAGGAGCCAAGAUGUUUUACCAUCGAAUUUUACUUUAAACAAAACCCUUACUUCACGGACUCUGUCCUAAAGAAGGAGUAUAAAUAUGUCUGCCCACCAGGCGCCGCCGACGAGACGCCCGACGCUGAUGGUUUGAAGCCUUCCAUGUUGGAUUUCUCCUGGGAACGCGACGUGCAGCCCUCCGCCAUCAAAAUCAAUUGGAAAGACCCCCAGAACGCACUGACUAAAUUACAUCCUCGCGUCGAAGAUGAAGACGAAGAGUCAGAUAUGCCUGCUGAAGCUGGCAGUUUCUUUAACUUCUUCGAAAUCACCUCUGACCCCUUCGAUAUUGGUGCAACAAUUGCUAAUGAGGUCUUCCCCAAUGCCACUGACCACUUCCUUGGCACCAUUCCUGGUGACGAUAUGGACUCUGACGAGGAGAGCGAAGAGGAUGAUGAUGACGACGCGGACGAGAUCGAUUUAGAAGAGCCUAGACCCAAAAAGCAGAAGAAGGAGUGAUACUACAUUCCCUCUGCACCCCCAGUAUGCAAAGGACCAGUGGUGUUGCCUUAUUUAAUUGUGAUCAUGUCUUUGAUAUCAUACGAAAUGUUGUAGGCUGAUUGGCCCUUGUCGACUGAUUUUUGUGACCCACAGACACCUGCCUCCGUUUGGAAGUGACUUGUCGUAAGACUCGCUAAGACAUUUGCUGGCCAAUGAGAGAG